UUUUGCCAGCACUAUCAAACGCGCACAAUUGGAAAAAGUUUUGAUUCUUGCGUGAAAACAAUCAUUUUGCGUGAAAACUGGUAAAAUGUCUGGUUUUGUUUAUAGAGAGCAGAACGGCGACUUGUUUGGCGCAAAGAGCGACUUUUCCUUGUGCCACUGCGUAGCAGCCGACUUACGCAUGGGCAAAGGAAUUGCAGUGAAGUUUCGCAACAAAUUUGGCCAGGUGCUGACCUUGCAGAGGCAAAACGUCCAGCCCGGAGGAGUGGCCAUUCUCCAGGACCAGCAGCGCUUUGUGUACUACCUGGUGACCAAGCAGACCAGCUGGGGCAAGCCGACCUACGAGCUCCUGCAUAGCUCCUUGCACGCUAUGCGCCAGCAUAUGAUCUCCCACAAUGUCCGCAAGAUAGCCAUGCCCCGCAUAGGAUGCGGCCUGGACGGACUCAACUGGGCCAAGGUCAAGGAAAUGAUCUGUCAGAUCUUCCAGUCGGAUGCAGUGGAACUAGUAGUAUUUAAUUAUGCAGAAGUUCGAAAGUAA